GCUCGUUGCAAUUUUGGUAAAUUUUGGUCCCCGUCUCUGUAACCUUCACUUCUGCACAUACAUUGAUGCAAUUUUGGUCUUUGAUACAGCCAUAACUCCGUUUUACUUGCUUCAAGCAUUUUCACGUUCUUUCCAAAAUCUUUUCUCGUUGAAAUCAUGCCUUCACGUCGGUUCGGGCGGCCCGCCAUGCUCGUAGCUACACUUAUUGGCUUUUCGGUUCUCAUACUUGUAUUCGUUGGAGAGGGUUUAAAAGCAUUUGUCCGCAAGGAUGGUGUCAGCUUGGGGAAACGAGAUAUCACUUUCGGCCUUACUUGGCAAAAAACAAUCUCUACGCCAUCCACGGCUAGAAGUGAGAUUUCGGCAUUAAAUAAUUGCUCGCCUGACUCUUUGAACGCUCCAACAUCUCUCAUCAUCGACCACGUACAAUCCCAAAGGCAAGCUAUGAAGGAAGGAUCUACCACCGUCUCUGCCAUUCUUGCUCAAGGAACAAAUACAGUCUCAUUCGCUCUUCAAGGAAGAUCUGAUAUGGUGUCCGUUAUCCUAGCCAAUAUUAAUAGCUUAAUGACACAUCCUACUGGUGUUAGCAACACUGUUCGUGAUGCUACAGGACUACUUGCUAUUGCCAUGGCAAAGUCAAGACCUAGUAUCUCGAGCACAUCAGUCGAAUCAGCCUCAACUCCUACCGAUCUUCACUCACUGGCCGCUUUUGAAUUGUUGAAAAAAGCAGCAGCAUACAAUGUCCACCACGAUUCUCAUGGCGACUCUUGUGAUUGUGCAGCAUGCAUUUCUUCUCCGGCAGUUUCAAUUCCAAUAACAAUAGCUCCUCCUCUUCCAACGCAUGAGUUGAUGGCUAGAGCUUUCGUGGCUAGAGCCGAAACUGUUACCGUCACUAUCUCAGUAUGCCCAAACUCGGCAUCAAAGCCUUCGAACUCAACUGGAUCAGGUAACCAAAAUCUAUCACCAGCAUCGGGUCCAAAAAAUUCCGCACCAGCUCCAGAAAGUUCAAACCCCACGUCAUUAGGACCGAAGAACCCCUCGCCUGCAUCUAACUCGACAUCCUCGGGACCCAAGAUCCCUUUGCCUGGCUCAGAGAACUCAAAUGCAACAUCUCCUUCUAGGCCAAAUCCUCCUUUCACCAAUAACACCAACUCUGGAGCUGGCAGCGGGGGAGUUGCUGCUACUGGAUCGGCUGGAUCGGGUGCUGGUGCUGGUGGCGCCGCUUCUGCAUCUGGAGCAGUGGCUAGUGCUGCCUCUCUAUUUUCAGGAAAUACUUCUCAACCGACUGGUAAUGCCCAGUCAAGUAACAAAGGAAGCAAACCUUCAAGCACAACAAAAUCUACACCAGCUGAAAACACCUCUCCCGUAACAUCUGCAAGUACAAGUCCGCCAAUUGCCAGUCAAGCAUCGGCUGCAUCGACUGGUAUUGAUAAUAGUAUCUUUGCUCUCAUUACACCUGCUAUUUCGAAUAUUGUUUAUGCCAUCUCGACUAUUGGUCCUAUUGCUGCCAUGGUUGUUAUGGGCCAGAUAUGGCUUCUGUGAUUUCAGCUGCACCAGGAAUAUGGAGUUGAACAGAUAUGUUAUUUCGUCACUUGUAUCAAAUAAAUUAAUCAGUGCCUCAUGGAUUAAUUGUAUUUAUAGUGGUGUUAGCCACAGAUUAUUCCGAUUAUGAUGGAUGGACGAAUUUUUUGGAACAGAAUACAUGGAAGUUUAUAAUUAAUAAUUCAUAGUUAAUAGAUGAAUAAAAGGUUGGGAAUUUUGA